CCUCGCAAUUUGCGAUAUCAAAGCAUAAACAAAGUUCGCGCUAAAAUUAUGUGAAAUUUUACUCAAAUUCGCCUGUCUAUGCCUUGCAUUUACUAAUUUUGCAUAUGUCAUCUUCAUCAUAAUUUGUUUCUCCAUCAUAUUAAGCUAAUCGUUUAAAAAUGCCUGGAUAUUUGAAGUAUAUCGAGUUGGAAAACUUCAAAUCCUAUUUGGGAAAGCAGAAGAUUGGGCCUUUCAAAAAGUUUUCUGCUAUUAUUGGACCAAAUGGAUCAGGAAAGUCCAACUUGAUGGAUGCCAUUAGCUUUGUGCUUGGAGAGAAAACCUCAAAUUUACGAGUCAGAAAACUAAGUGAUCUAAUACAUGGAGCCCCUGUUGGAAAGCCUGCCUCAAACAAGGCAUCAGUGACGGCUGUCUACGCUGAUCAAGUCACAGAGAAAGAAACCGUGUUCACGCGAGUCAUUCAUGGCUCCUCGUCAGACCAUAAAAUCAAUGGGCAGUCCGUGUCUGCCCAGCAUUACGCUGAAGAGCUUGAGAAGAUCGGGGUUCUUGUCAAGUCGAAGAACUUCCUUGUCUUUCAAGGAACGGUCGAGAGUUUAGCCAUGAAAAACGCUAAGGAAAGGACAGCCAUGUUUGAAGAAAUUAGCAGGUCUGGAGAGUUAAAAGAGCAGUACGACAAAGCGAAGGCAGAGAUGUUAAAGGCUGAGGAAGACACACAGUUCAACUAUCACAAAAAGAAAGGCAUCGCUGCGGAGAAAAAAGAAGCUAAACUUGAGAAAGAUGAAGCUGAACGAUACCAGAAACUGAAACUUGAACUGGAAGAGAAACAUUUAGAGCUGUCACUGGUGCGCCUCUUCUACAACGAGAGAGACAUCGAUGAAGUUACGGAGGAAAUUAACCACAAGAACCAUGCUCUUCAAAAGGAGAUCAAGAAGAAAGACAAGAUCGAGGAUGAGAUCCGGGAAAAGAAGAAAGACCAGGGCAAACUGCAUAGAGAAUUGACGAAAGUGGAAUCCAGCAUUAAAGAAAGUGAGGUGGAGCUGAAUAAAAAGCGUCCCCUUUACAUCAAGGCAAAGGAGAAGACAGCCCAUAUGAUUAAGAAGCUGGAAAGUGCCAAGAAAUCGCUGAAGCAGGCCAAAAAGACACACGAUAACCAUGAACAAGAGAUCAAUGAGUUGGAACGUGAGGCGGAGGAAGUGGAAUCAAAACGUCGGGAGUUUGAGGAGCAAAUUGAGGAGGAAUCGCAAUCCCAGGGUCGUGACCUUGAACUUGAGGAAUCACAGGUUCAAGAGUAUCAGCGUCUCAAAGAAGAGGCCGGGAAGAAGUCAGCUCGUCUCCUGCAAGAGAUGGACUCGAUUCAGCGGGAGCAGAAGUCGGACCAGGACAAGUACGAUAACGAGAGUCGCAAGAAAAAUGAACUGCUCCAGAAGAUCAAACAGAAAGAGCAUGAGAUGGAAGAAAAUAAGAAACGUGUGGAUAAACUCAACGAUUAUAUCAGGCAGAGUACACAAGCCAUAGAAGAGCAGAAAGUCGCUGAGGAACAGCUUGGGGAAGAGGUCACCACAGCCAACCAGCGUAUUGAUGAAAUAGAGACGGAUCUAGCCUCAAUAAUUGAGCAGCUAGGGGAGGCUAAGGUGGACAAGCAUGAGUCAGCUCGCGCCAUGAAGAAAGCAGAGCUGUUGGAAAACCUUAAGAGACUGUUUCCCGGUGUGCAUGGUCGAUUAAUCGACCUUUGUGAACCAAGCCACAAAAAGUACCAGAUCGCUAUCACAAAAUGUUUGGGCAAAUACAUGGACGGGAUUAUCUGUGACACGCAGAAGACCGCCAAGGAGUGCAUUCAGUACAUGAAGGAACAGAGGAUCGAGCCCGAGACCUUUCUGCCAUUGGAUUAUCUUGAUGUCAAGCCAGUGAAUGAGAAACUAAGAGAGAUUCGUGACCCCAAGAAUGUGAAGCUGGUGGUGGAUGUGAUCCGCUAUGAUCCGCCAUCCAUUAAGAAAGCUCUCAUAUUUGCCUGCGGUAAUGCCCUCGUCUGCGAAACGGUUGAGGAUGCAAGGAAAGUGGCCUUUGGUCUGCAGGAAAGGCAUAAGUCUGUUGCUCUGGACGGGACACUUUUUCAGAAGUCUGGUGUCAUAUCUGGUGGUGCCAGUGAUCUGAAGGCGAAAGCGCGACGUUGGGACGAGAAGAUGCUGGGACAACUAAAACAGCGGAAAGAGCGACUCACUAAUGAACUGAAGGAAAUGUCCAAGAGAAAGAGGAAGGAGUCAGAGCUGAACACGAUCCGAUCACAGAUAAAGGGCUUGGAGACAAGGCUGAAGUACUCCAUUACUGAUAGAGAUACUACGCAAAGCAAGCAUCUCACCCACAAUGAAAAGGAUCUGAAGAACUACAGGGAACAGAUACACACAUUUGAGCCACGAAUGCAUCAACUGGAAAAACAGAUGAACGAACGUGAGGAAACGAUCCGUGUUCUAAAAGACAGAACGAACCGAGUUGAAGACGAAAUCUUUGAGGACUUCUGUGCCCAGAUUGGUGUGGAAAAUAUCAGGCAAUACGAGGAGAGAGAAUUGCUUGUACAACAGGAGAGGGCAAAGAAGAGACUGGAGUUUGAGAACCAGAAGUUCAGACUUCAAAAUCAGAUUGAGUUUGAGCGAUCCCGAGAUACCCUGGCCAACGUGAUGAAGUGGGAAAAAGCUGUGCAGGAUGAUGAAAAGGAAUUGGACAAAGUUCGAAACGAUGAAGCUAGAAAUAUGGAGAUGAUAGAUCGAGAGAUGCAGAAAGCAGACAAGUGCAAGCAGCAGAGAAUCACAAUCAAGUCCGAGGUGGAUGAUUUUGAGGGCCAAAUCAACGAAAUAAAGAAACGCUUAAACGCCCAGAGCAAGGAAAUAGCGGCAGCCCAGAAGCAAGUGUCACAGAUGGAAACGAGAUUGGAACAGAAACGAGCAGACAGACAUAGUCUCUUGAAAACAUGCAAGAUGGACAAUAUUCGUCUGCCUAUGCGGAAGGGUAAAAUGGACGACAUUACCCAGAACGAAGCCUCGAGCGUCAUUGAUGGAACACAGAUGGAUGGCACGGACCCGGGACUAGACAGCCUGAACAGUCAGGGCGCCAAGAAAAUCUAUGAGAAAGAGGCUCUGAUUAUUAUUGACUACACUAAACUGGAUGAUGAUCUCAAAGACAAUGAUGAGCCAGGAGAAAUCAAGAAGACAAUAGAAAACCUAUCUAAGGGUGUAUCAGACAUGGUCUCCAUGUUACAAAGAAUCAACGCACCCAACAUGAAAGCUAUGGAAAAAUUAGAUGGUGUCAAAGAAAGAUUAAUGGAGACAUCGGAGGAAUUCGAAAAUGCCAGAAAACGAGCAAAGAAGGCCAAACAGGCGUUUGAGAAAGUUCGGAAAGAACGUUAUGACAGAUUCAUGCACUGUUUUGAGCAUGUCUCGAAUAAGAUUGAUGAAAUAUACAAGUCUCUUGCGAGGAAUCAGUCGGCACAGGCCUUUCUGGGUCCUGAAAACCCUGAAGAGCCGUACCUCGAUGGUGUGAAUUACAACUGUGUGGCCCCUGGUAAGCGGUUCCGGCCGAUGGACAAUCUGUCCGGAGGAGAGAAGACUGUUGCGGCCCUGGCGUUGUUGUUUGCCAUUCACAGCUACCAGCAGGCUCCAUUCUUUGUUCUCGAUGAGAUUGACGCUGCCCUGGAUAAUACUAACAUCGGCAAGGUUGCGGCCUACAUUCGCGAGGAGUCACAGAUUCAUUUCCAGUGUAUCGUUAUCUCCUUGAAAGAAGAGUUCUACAACAGAGCUGAUGCGCUGAUCGGUAUUUACCCCGAGCAAGGAGACUGCGUGAUCAGUAACGUUCUGACUCUGGACCUGACACAGUACGAAGAUCCACACCAACAUGAGGAAGACGAGCGACUCAACCUCCUCAAUGUCAGAUAGACGCUUGACUCAACCAUCAUCUCAGUGUAAUAUAGAAGCUUGACUCGACCAUCUCAAUGUCAGAUAGAAGCUUGACUCAACCUCCUCAGUGUCAGAUAGAAGCUUGAAUCAACCAUCUCAGUGUCAGAUAAAAGCUUAACUUAACCAUCUCAGUGUCAGAUAGAAGCUUGAAUCAACCAUCUCAGUGUCAGAUAGAAGCUUGAAUCAACCAUCUCAGUGUCAGAUAGAAGCUUAACUUAACCAUCUCAGUGUCAGAUAGAAGCUUAACUUAACCAUCUCAGUGUCAGAUAGAAGCUUGACUCAAUCUUCUUAAUGUCAGAUAGAAGCUUGACCCAACCAUCUCAGUGUCAGAUAGAAGCUUCACUCAACCAUCUCAGUGUCAGAUAGAAGCUUGACACAACCAUCUCAGUGUCAGAUAGAAGCUUGACUCAACCAUCUCAGUGUCAGACAGAAGGUUGACUCAAUCAUCCCAGUGUCAGAUAGAAGCUUGACUCAACCAUCUCAGUGUCAGAUAGAAGCUUGAGAUUGUUAAGAUUUAAUAGAUUUUUAGCUUAACGACCUAAAUUUCAGAUUUACUCAAUCUUUUUCAUGUGCAAUAAUUCAUGGCUUUUCAUAAAUUAAAUGAUAUUCAAGAUGGUGAGUUCAUUAAUUCAUGAGGAAAAUGGCAUAAAACUAUUUAGACUAGUGCUGUUAAUUCUGCCUUAAGCAAACAUUUCUGUCAAUGAGAACAGUUGGACUUUUCAUGCACAUUUGAGUCUUACAAUGCAUUGAAGUUUCAUUGUUGUAAUUUAAAUCAUGUAAAGUAUUGUAAAUGUAAAUAUUUGUGAAUAUUCCAAUAAAUGUUAAUGACA